CUCUCGCAGACUGACAACAGGUACUAGCCUCCUCUGUCCAUACACCUAUAUAUAGGGUGUAUUGACAGACGGGGCUAGUACCUGUGGUCUACUUUGUCGAUGCAGCUACAGGUGUUCGUUACAACAAAUACUAUAUACUGAUUUGUGUCACAGCACACAAACGCUAACUGUAACAGUGUGUUUCAGACAUUUGUAAUGAACCCUGUGAACAAACCAAACCAAUUUAUGUUAUGGUGAAAGUGUCCUGAGUUCUAUGGUGAAGAAGAGGCUAGGAAAUACACAUCAAAUACUCGUAUGAUAGAAAUUCAGAGUCAACUAUCAGAAAGAGCUUUAGAGUUACUUCGGUUACCGGAGGAUCAGCCAUGUUUCAUUUUAGAUGUAGGGUGCGGCUCUGGCUUGAGUGGAGAGACGUUGACGGAGCAGGGUCAUUUCUGGGUCGGAGUGGACAUCAGUUCACACAUGUUGGAUGUGGCUGUGGAGAGGGAGACAGAAGGUGACCUAGUUUUGGGAGAUAUGGGAUACGGCAUGCCCUUCAAGCCAGGCACUUUUGAUGGAGUCAUCAGCAUAUCUGCCCUUCAGUGGCUUUGUAAUGCGGACAAGUCUUUUCACCAUCCACCGAAGCGACUUCUAAAAUUCUUCAGUUCACUCUACGCCUGUCUGAGUAGGGGAAGUCGAGCCGUGUUUCAGCUUUAUCCAGAGAACAGCUCACAGUUGGAGCUGAUCACACAACAGUCAAUGAGGGCAGGAUUUACCGGGGGUCUAGUGGUCGACUUUCCCAACAGUACCAAGGCAAAGAAGAUGUUCCUGUGCCUGUUUGCUGGGGGACAGCCACAACAGUUACCCAAGGGAUUGGGGACAGAGGUGGGAAAUAGUCAAAGACAACAGAUCGACUUCAACAGCAAAAGAGCGAAGAUGAAGAAGCUACGAGGUGCUAAGUCUGCCAAGGGGAGCAGGGAUUGGAUCCUGGAGAAGAAAGAACGCCGCCGAAGACAGGGGAGAGAAGUGCGACCGGAUACAAAGUACACAGCGAGGAAGAGAAAAGUCACAUUUUAGACAAUGUUUUUUACCGAGUGUUUUUUGUGUGUAUUACCUGUUCAGUUGUUAUUAAAAUCAUAUGCCAUUUAUUUAGA